UUGCAUCCACUUGACAUGGACUUCUCCAUCCGCACGGCAAACCUGGAUGACUGCAAGGACAUCAUGCGGAUGAUCAUGGAACUGGCAGAGUAUGAGAACCUGGCAGAGCAUGUGAAAGUGACCCAGAAAGACUUGGAGCAAGAUGGCUUUACCAAGAACCCGUUCUUUCAUGGCAUCAUCGCUGAGGUGCCAGAGCAGCACAGAACAAAAGAAGGACACAGGAAGGUCGGCUAUACACUUUACUUCUAUUCCUACAGCUCGUUUGUAGGCAGAGCCAUUUAUAUGGAGGACUUGUACGUGAUGCCUGAGUUCAGAGGGAAGGGUGUUGGUAAAGCACUAAUGAGCAAGGUGGCACAGCUGGCUCUGGCUGCUGGUUGCCACCAGCUCAACUUCACCAUCCUGGACUGGAACAAACCAUCGAUGGACUUUUACCUCGGCCAGGGCUGCUUCGAUGCCACUGCUACCAUAGGCUACCACUGCAUGCGCUGCGAGGGGGAGGCGCUGAAGCAGCUGGCUCAGCUUUAAAACAACCCUCAUGACUUUGUGACCUUUGCAGCCAUGAAGUCAGCCCACGCAUUGCAGGGAUGGAGCACCACUCAGUGGCCUCUUUCCAAAACUUGACAACUUAAGCUGCUACCACUACAUAGGUUGUCUAAAGGUCUGUGCUCAUAGGCUGACAGUGCAGCACACCUUUUAAAAUGAAUAUAGUUGAAAUAUGUUUAUAUCCACAUAAAUGGCAUAAAAUUGGUUUUCUAACUUAGUUGCACUUUUACUCUCAGGUAGU